UGUGGGAGUAUAAAUAGGAGGGAUGAAGCCAGCAGAGAUCAGAUUCUCUCUACAGAGACCUCUACAACACAGAGAUCCAGACAUGGCACCUACAAUCACUACAGCAAUGACCAACUCUCAGGAACAUCUCCCUCUGACACACAAGCUCAGAAAGCCUCUGGUGGAGAAGUUACGCAGAGAGCGAAUCAACAGCAGCAUUGAGCAGCUCAAGUCUCUCCUGGGUCCAGAGUUCCUCAAACAGCAGCCAGACUCCAAGCUGGAGAAAGCAGACAUCCUGGAGAUGACAGUUUACUUCCUGAGACGACUGCAGCAGCAGCAGCAUCAAGUUGUGGACUCUGUUGAUCAGGGCUACUCCAGGUGUGUCCAACAGGUGGUGCACUUCCUGACCAAGGAGGAGGUGAAGAUUCAGCCCCAGAGAAGACUGAUGGAGCACUUCAACAAGCUGCAGUCUUCCUCUGAGAAGAAGAACCUGAGAGAGGCUGACUUCUCUCCUCUAGGCUCCACAGUCCAGACCAGCAUCACCAAAGACAAAAGUCCAGUCAACAGCUCCCUCUGGAGGCCGUGGUAGACACCUACAGCCUGGAGUUACAACUGCGAAAACUGAAAAGACCAUGUUGGUCAAAAGUUGUCAUUAGACAUAUUACGCAUUUACCUUUCAUUUUGGAAAGCGUAUUUUAUUCUAUUAAUAACAGAUCUUGGCUUAUUGAUUAAUCAGUGUGAUCAAAAAUAGACCAGUAUUGGUUGCAUGGUGACACCUGCUUCAAAUUCCUGUGAAUUACAUGACAAGAAUUGUCAAAUGUUAACUACGUUCUGGUAGUGUUUUUCCCUCUAUGCAUAUUUUUCUGAUGCGAGUAUAUUGUAUGUAUUGAUUUCACACGUGAAAGAUUAUUGACCCAUGUUGGGUCUUGCAGUUAUCUGUUCUAUAAUCAACAUGUUUUGUUGUAUCAACAGCAUAGAUGUAUGAAAGGAUGACAUUAUUUUCUUGCAGUAUAAGUGAGGAAGUCCACUUUGUUGAGUGUUUACUAAACGAUUCAUCUUUCAUAAAGAUGCUGGAGCAAUUCACUCUACUCUGUUUGAAUACACUGUCUUGGAAUACAAGAUUAUUCUGUGAUGUAUCAUCACUACUGAUGCCUCGGUGGAGGAACACAAACAGCACAUGUCUUUUUCUUUUUGAAUAAAAAAUAUCAUCUGAAUCUGGAA